CUUCGACUGGAAAAAGAGUGUAGUGUACGAAAUAUCAUACAUAGUAUUCACAUACUCGGGUUAUAUAACAGCCUCUGGUAUCACAGCCAUGGAUGGACUCUUUGUUGGGCUCUGUCUUCACAUUUCGGGGCAGUUUGAGAUCAUCCAGAUGAAUAUUGCCAAACUGGUUGAUCGUGAGAUUGUUGAAAUUUCGGCCACCAAUCCUCCGGAUAGCGAUGGAAUAUUUUCAGAAAAGCAGAACAAGAUCAUCUACCAACGCCUAAGAUGCUACAUUAUCCGACAAAUUGACACCAUUAGACUCUGUGAGGAGACUGUUGAGAUUUUUCAGCCAAACAUCCUCCUGCACUUCUUCUCAGCCGCCUUCGUAAUCUGCUUCAGUUCGCUGUGCUUAAUCCUGUCAUUGGGAUUUGCCCGACUUCUCUACGUGUGCUACAUCGGAGCUGUUACUACUGAGCUCUUUGUAUACUCCAUCGGGGGGAGUUAUAUAUCAACUUCUAGCAGCAAGAUCUGCAAUUCAGCGUAUUUCUUCGACUGGUACAAAUCCAAUGAGGAUGUUCGUCGUCUGCUGCUGAUGCUAAUGAUGAGAGCACAGAGGGAAAGUGGUGUAUUUGUACCAUUCUUUCAAGCAUGCCUACCAACAUUCACAACGAUUCUCCGUUCCGCCGGAUCCUACAUAGCACUCCUCAAGACAUUCAUCUAAGAAUAGGCUAAGGAUGUAAGAGCGAUUGUUACAGACAUUUUCAGCUCAAUUUUUACGACAUCGGCACUAAGAGAGAUGGUAAUGAUGAUGAUGGAAAAUAAGAUUUUCCUCAUAAUACUGUUAAAUUAAAAUGAUGAAGAGAAUAUGGCAAAUGAGAGAGUUCGGUCAUAACUUUAAUAUCCCACCACUUUGCUAUAUUAAGCACACGAUAGACGAGAAAAAAGUAGAUUUUUGUGCAGAGUCUACAAUAGAGAAAUAAAUUGCUUCUCAAAUUAAUAAAAUUCAUCACAUUCUUAUUCAAACUACAAUCCCGAGAUUCUUUUUGUGCUUUGAGUAAAAAAGAUUCAAAAACUCACUGAAUUGCAAGUAGCAAUUGUAUUACCAUUCAAGAACAAAAAUUUUAGAAGGAAAUCUAUUUUAAUAAAUUUGAAAACGAAUCAUGGAAUUAUAUUGCCAAAUUAUUAUCACACAAUUGUAGAAAAGCUCAUUUCUCUCUCAAAUUAUAUUAUAAAAUAAAGUUAUUUGCAAUGCAAUGUUUCUUGCUUUUGAAUUAUUUUCCAAAAUUCGCAUAAAACCUACCUAUCUAUACAAAAAAAA